AUGAGCGUCCCUGUAGACAAAAGACCUUUUAAAUACUUUCUGGCAUGUUUAAUGAGCUUCAGCAAAGAAUACAACGAACCGAUUCCUAAGAGAAAGGCCGAGGAAAAUGUCUCUCGAACAAAAGAUAAAGAACUACAAUUAAGUCAGUUUGAAAAAGUAACAUGGGUGGAAUUUCCAUUGUCUCUAUUAUUCACUUCACCUCAAUAUCGGAAGCUUAUCGGACAUGCCAAGGAAGUUAAAAAGAAGUGUUUGUAA